UGUGGUGCCUGGAUAAAUAGUUUUUGAGAGCCGCAAGGCGGUAUACUUGGAGUCUCAUUCACGCACCGCGCUACGGCUGUACACGCUACCAAAUUCUCGAAAAAUGAAAACAACCCCUUUAGUUGAGGUAUAGUUAGAGUGCUCUUCGUAUUAUCUUAAUGUUUAUAUUGCAUAGGCACCAACGACACUACAGCUAUAGAAAUCAAGGUCUUAACUGAGUGUCCAGUUCGACUUGAAUGUACUUUGAGGUCUGGACAGUUAUUGUGUUAUGCAAGUCUAGUGUGAUUCUUUCGAGGGUUUGCAGUUGCAUAAGAUACAUUUUCUAUGCGGCUUUUUGACGUGAAGAAAAUCUCUUCGUGGCUCUUGGAGGACGAGGAGUUUUGUUUGUCCUGGGCACACGAGUGACUUUAGAGGACACACUGCUUGUGGUGGGUGUUACACGAGACUGGACACGGAACGCGAGAGAGGAAGACAAAAAGACUCUCCAAGAAUGACUCUGGGGACGGACAUGUCGGACAGUUCUGCUCUGUCCGACGACGUGGACAUCGAUGUUGUUGGGGGUGAUAUUGUAAAAGAGGGUAAAUAUCUUCACCAUCAUCACAGUUUUCACUUGGAUAACGACUCCGAUGACAAUCUGUCGCAAAAUGCGGGGGAGGGCGCAGUCUCUCCGAGUCAAAGCAGUUCGGACUGUCCGGCUGACCGGGUCGGGCCACGGGAUGAAAACAGGACUGGGGAAUUGACUGGGGAUAAACCGGGGAAAAAUGCAUUGGUAAAACCCCCUUAUUCCUAUAUAGCACUGAUAACCAUGGCUAUCCUGCAGAGCCCGAAGAAGCGAUUAACUCUAAGCGAGAUCUGCGAGUUUAUCAGCAACAGGUUCCCGUAUUACCGGGAGAAAUUCCCUGCGUGGCAAAACUCUAUCCGUCACAACCUGUCUCUAAAUGACUGCUUUGUCAAAAUCCCCCGUGAACCCGGUAACCCGGGCAAAGGCAAUUACUGGACCCUGGACCCAGAGUCCGCCGACAUGUUUGACAAUGGGAGUUUUUUGCGCAGAAGGAAGCGCUUCAAAAGACACCAAACCAAUGAGAUCUUUAGGGACGCAGGGGGAUUUUUACCUGGCUUUGGCUACGGACCUUACGGUUACAAUUACGGCAUACAGCUGCAGAAUUUCCACGCGCAUCACCCCUAUCACCCGCACCACCCGGCAGGCACGUUUCCUUUCCAAAACGCGCCUUGUGCUCUCCCAACGCCUUCUUCAAUAUUCUCCACGCCACACUCCUUGCCUUCGUUUUUAGGUACCGAGCUGAGAAAGCCAUUCUAUCCCCAACUCAGCCCGACUCUUCCUAGUCUGGCGCCACUAAAAACGGACAUUAAUGCUCCAAGUCGACCGUCCUUCUCUAUAGACAAUAUAAUUGGUGCGGCUAGCUCACCAGCUUCGCCUUAUGCCGCACAACCUGGUGGACAGGCUCAGAUCUUGGCUAUGCUGACUCCCUCACUUGCUUCGGCCACGAACCACUUGAAUCUAACACAAGAAGCGAUGAUUCAGCCUGGCACACAUACAUUCUCGAGCAAAACGCCAAGCCUUAACAAUAGCCAUUUCUAGACUGGCAGCAAACUGAAUGUGCCGCAGUCCAAUUUAAUAUGGUUGUUUCGUCAUUUGCAAAGGUAGGAAAUUAAAAAGCCGCCCAUUUCAUGUUUCUGAAUUCUUAAAUACAAGGGUGAUUAAGUUAAUUUAUGAACUGUAAAUAUGGGAGAUUUUAACACGAGGAACAGGCUAAUAGGAGGAAAUUAAGACCAUGUAUAUAGUAAGCUAAGAAUGAGGUUGAGAUUUCACCUUUGGACGGCCAGUGGACCUUUGCCGUUUUAUCCAGAAAGUUAUGUUGUAUACUCAUUGACAUGGAAAUAUCCUCUUUGGCCGACUUAAACGAAGAUUGUUUUAAUUAUUUUAUUGUUUUGUAUAUUUUGUGAGUUUGUGAAAAAGCACUGUCAAUGCCAAGACUCAGGAUUUACUUGUUUUGAAAGCACAUUGCCAGAGACAAUAGGGGCUGUAAAUACAUUACAUAGUUAACGUCCCACUUCCCCUCGUUCUCUCAGACAUAUUCUGGUGAAUUUAUUCGUAUUUUAUUUCUGUUCAUAGAUAAUUAUUAUGUGGUUUUUGGUGUAAAUCGCAUUACCUCUCUUUUUGUCUAACUCUUGUGCAUACGUUAAUACAUAUUUCAUUAUUUCAUUGAAAAUAAUAUGUGAAAAGAAUAUUGUUAUAUGUAAAGAGACAAAACAAUGUCCAUAGGUCAUUUUUGUUGUAAUGACAAGACAAUAAAUGUUUGUGAAUUUUGAA